AUGGUGGAGCGCGCAGCCUACCAGCGGUCGCGCAACGCGUCGCAACAGCGGCGGACGUCGCAGCAACAGCAGCAGCAGCACCAGCAGCAGCAGCACCAGCAAGGCCAGUCGCACAGUCAGGUCGCACAGCCGUCGCAGCAGCCGCAGUCGCAGCAACAAGAGCAGGCGCACAAUGUAAGCUCGGCGGCUCAGCCGCCAAACGCGCAGGCGCAGGCGCAGGCGCAGCCGGCGCAGCCCGCGCAGCAGAGGGCGCACCAGCGCGCGCUCCCCCCCCAGCAGCGGCAACCGGCGCAGCAGAAGCGGCAGCAGUUGCGCCAGACCGCGGUGCAACGGCGCACGGCGCAAGCUCAGGCCGCGCGACAAACUGCGGGGGAUGCGGGGAAGGCGCAACCUGGACAGGCGGAUCCGGGGAAGCCGCCGCAGGGUCAGGGGGGCCAUGGGAAGGCGCAACUGGCGGGGGGCGCAAACCCGCCAGCGCACGCCCCGCUUCCGCCCCUGCCGCGGAAGCAGCAGUCGCGGGUGCAAGCGCAGGGGGAGCAGCAGGGGGAAGCGCAGACAGAGCAGCAGGGGGGGCAUCAGGCGGGGCAGCAGGGGGGACAGCAUAGGGGGCAGCAAGGGGGGCAGGCGCAUAGGUUACAACAAGAAUCAUCACAGCAGCAACCAGAACCACACAGGCAGCAGCAUAAUUCCUCCGGGCAGGAUGCCACUCACGGGCAGGCGUCCGGGCAGACAAAAGGGCACCUUCAACCAGACGGGCAGGAGCCGGGGGGCCAACCCCAAGGGCACGGGCAGGGAACCGGGCAGAGUUCCGGGCAGGUUUCGGAGCAGCUGCCAAUGCACGAGGGCCAUGUGGAACAUGCGAUUCUGCCCGAGCGACCGGAUUGGCUGGAUGAUUACGAGAUAGUGGGGAAGAUAGGCGAGGGGACGUACGGGCUGGUGUAUCUUGCUAAGGACCGGCGCAAAGGCAAGGGGUCGGGGCGGUCGGCUCUUAAGAAGUUCAAACAGACCAAGGAGGGCGAUGGUGUUUCUCCCACUGCCAUUCGCGAGAUCAUGGACCAGCUAAGGAGUGGUGGAGCGAUGGGGGAGCAGAGGGGUGAGUGGGGAAGAGAGGGGACGUACGGAUUGGUGUAUCUGGCUAAGGACCGGCGCAAAGGCAAAGGGUCGGGGCGGUCGGCUUUGAAGAAGUUCAAACAGACCAAGGAGGGCGAUGGCGUGUCUCCCACUGCCAUUUGCGAGAUCAUGAGGUUAGGCGAGGGGACGCCUGAGAAGAUAGGCGAGGGGACGUACGGGUUGGUGUAUCUGGCUAAGGACCGGCGCAAGGGCAAGGGGUCGGGGCGGUCUGCUUUGAAGAAGUUCAAACAGACCAAGGAGGGCGAUGGCGUGUCUCCCACUGCCAUUCGCGAGAUCAUGACUUCUUUUGAGGCGCCUCAAAAGGAAUGGGAGGGGGAGUGCGCACACGAGAACAUGGUGUAUGUGCUCGAUAGACUUCUUUUGAGGCGCCUCAAAAGGAAUGGGAGGGGGAGUGCGCACACGAGAACAUGGUGUAUGUGCUCGAUAGACUUCUUUUGA